AUGAAUACUCAGAACGAAAUCGCCCAACACCUCAUAAGUCUCCACAAUCCCGGCAACCGAAUCAUUCUCCCAAACGCCUACGACGCAGCUACCGCGACAAUAAUCGCUUCCCUACCAACCGCCCACGCCGUUGCAACAGCAUCCUUCGCAAUUGCGGCCACCCUCGGCGUAAAGAACUCAGCACUCACCAAGAUCAAAAACAUAUCCGCGCUAAAAUCUAUCGCGUCAGCCGUGCACGCCGUCAACUGCACCAAACCCAUAACGGUGGACCUGCAGGACGACUACGGCUCAGUGGCCGAGCUUUCCGCCACAAUCCCGGAAGUCAUUCAUUUGGGUGCGGUGGGGUGUAAUCUCGAAGAUCUAGAUAGUGGGACUGGUGCAUUGAGGACGCUGGAGGAUGCCGUAGAAAGGGUCCGGGCUGUUGUGAAGGCUGCUGCAGAGGCGAGUAUUCUUGAUCGCGUAGUAAAUGCGCGGACGGAUGUACUUUGCCAAGAUGGAAUGGGUAUUCCGGAUGCGGUGGCGGGAGGACGGGCAUUUUUGGAGGCGGGGGCGUGUACGGUUUUCGUUUGGGGCGGGCCGUGGGGAAGGGGGAUUUAUAGUAACGAGGGUAGGGAGUUAGUGAGAGCGUUGCUGGGUAUGGUCAAUGUGAAGAUGUCGUUGAACAGUUUCUUGGAUGUGCAGCAGCUUCGGGAUCUUAGUGUCGCGAGGAUCAGUGUUGGUCCUGAGUUGUGGAAGGCAGCGAUGAGAACAUUCCAGCAGCGUGCGGAAGUCCUGCUAAGGCCAUUUCAAUUUGAAUAUUUAUCCCGACAAUGCUUUUGGGAUACAGCAAGGUGA